AUGGCGAGUACUAAGCGGUCAGCAGUGGAUUAUAUCAGAAACGGCCGAGCCGCACUAGUGAGAAGCCUUCGGAACCUGCAGCUGAUAGAGCGAACUUUAAGAGAACGCGGACUUCUCCCGGACUCGGACAUAGACCAGAUCUUCAACCAACACGCCGCUCCGGCUGACCAGGUCAGACAGCUGCUGGAUGCAGCAGCCGAGAAAGGUGAGGAUGUGUGUUAUGAGCUGCUGCGGGUCUUCGACGACACGAGGGACCAAACGUUCCCGAUGCCUGUUGAAGAACACCCCGAGCUUCACCAGUGGAUCAGCUGCUUCUCCUUCGGACACGACCCCCAGCACCAGAGCGACGACAUGGCGGAUUCAGGCCCUUGUGCAAAAUAUCAGAAACAACUUAAAACAAGAGCCAUGCAGAUUCUUCGAGAAAAGUGGAUGCAAAGCAUGACUUUUCUAAAACACAAACCAAAAGGGAAAAGUUUCAGGUAUAUACCACUUGUUCUGGACACUGAUGUGAGUGCAGUACCUCAUAUUAAAAUCAAAGCAUACAAGAAAACCAGAGCUAAAAAGCUGAAGAAAUGCAUCCCUACAGACAGGAGGAAACUGUCACCUUAUCAAUUACUUACAAGCAACGAGAAGAAAAUCCUCCUUGUUGGAAAACCAGGCAUUGGGAAAACAACGGUGGUUCAGGAGAUUUUGAGAAUGUGGGCAGAUGGAGAAGACAGUCAAGUGAGCUACAUGUUUUAUUUUGAUGAGCCAUUAAUAAAGCUUAUGUCAAAGUCUGCGGAAAAUGAAAGUUUGAGCUCCUUUCUUUUUAACAAGUAUCUUAUGCCUGUUGAGAGCCCUGAAGUAGUUUGGAAAGAUGUGGAAGAGAAUUCUGAAAAUGUUGCAAUUAUUUUUGAUGGCUUCAUGGACGUUGUUAGUGACUCUGUAAUUGAGAGAAUAAUGAAGAAAGAGAUCUUAAAUUAUGCAAAGGUUUUGAUCACUUGCAGACCAGAGGCGGACGUUUCAGGUGAUCUGUCUGACUGGGCCUCUUUCAGAGUGGAGGUCCAGGGCUUCAGCGAGAGCUCUAUUCGGGCGUACUUUAAGUUGAUGCUUGGAAUAAAUGAUGACACCAGUAUCAGUGUGUUGAACAACCUAGAGCUGUUCAGUCUGUGUCAUGUCCCGAUGUAUGCCUUCAUUGUUACUGCCUGCAUCUUAUUUAGUCCUUCGGAAGCAGAUAAUCAACCCUGCACCAUCACUGAAAUGUAUGUACGGAUCUUCCGUUAUUGCAUCGCCCUCCAUCAUGAAAAUAUAGGCAAUUUGGAUAAAUACAUCCAAGAGAAGAUGAAUAAUAUCAUGUUUUUAGCAUCAACGUCCUAUCAAGCAAUUCUUUCUAAAACAGUCAACUUGGCAGACAUCUGUCUAAAAGACACAGUGCAACAUGCUUUUUUGACACCAGUGACAUUUGACAGAACCUCUGUGUUCUGCCAAACAGCCUUUGUGUUUCUACACAACACAAUGCAAGAGUUUUGGGCAGCGCUUUUUUUGCUCAUGACUCCUGAUAAGAUCGGACACCUGCUCAAACAAAGCCAGACAGAGGAGGGGAAAUACCUGAAAUACGUCAUCACUUUUCUUUGUGGACUCUUGUCUGAGAAAAUGGGAGCCUACUUGGAGUGCCUGGUCUCACAUGACCAGGUAAAAUCAAUCUCUGCCAAAUACUUUAAAGACAUCAUGAACACGUUCCUCUAUUCAGUAGAGGAGGAUGAGGAAGAUCUGAAUGUGGAGCCUGAGAAUGUCCUCUAUGUGUGUCAGUGUCUUUAUGAAUAUCAGGCACCUGAAGCAUGUUUGCUCAUUCUGAAAAAAAUAGACAACACAGUGGAUCUGAGUGACCAGUCUCUGGACCCACAUCAGUGCUGUGCUGUCUCCUAUGUGAUAAGUCAAUCCACUGCUCAGACUGUCCAGCUUGACUUGACGAACUGUGCCAUCUCAGACCCUGGGGUAAAGCUGAUCCUUGGUUCGAUAACAAAUCUCAAGAAUCUCAGACUAUCGUCUGGUCCAAUGCAAUGUCAGAUAUGGAGGGUGGCACUACAAGAAUCAAGUACUGAUUUUGACAACUUGCUGAGACUGUUUGGAUUUGAGAUGCAUCUUUCAGUGCAACAACAACAAAACAGCAAGAUGUUUCAAAACACAAAAGAUGUGUUGACUGCAAAAAGGAAAAACAAGGUCAAGCUAUGCUUGCACAUGGAUACACAGCAAAUUGCAGCAAAAUCCCUUUUGGAAAACAUCUAUGGAAGCUUACACAACAUUGCAGACCUCAGGUUUAUAUCAACUGGAAGGUCCUCUGAAGUACUUUCAUUUCAGAUGAAUCUCUUCUUGCAAGGAGCCCUCUACGAAAUGGAAACAGGCCAAACAUGUGUUCGGCUUCUGCUGUCAGUGAAUAGUCAUUUUUGCCUACAUUCUCCUUCUGAACAAAGCAAUUUUAUAUGUACGCUGUACCUUCGUGCCAAACAGAUGGGAGUUUUGGCAGUGUUGCAACCAGUGUUCCAAGCAUGGCCUUCUUAUUGGGUUGUGGACCUCAAAGAAAGGAAGACACCUCUUUUUCUCUUGGUGGAGCUACUAAACUUUCAUACUAAAAUUUCAAAGAUGAAAAAGCCAGUUGAAAUUUGGGGGUCAGCUGAAGAGCAUGAACUCAGGAUUUUUCUCCAGUGUCUACCAUAUGUAUCACAAGUGAGGUUCAGUGAUUACAUUCAUAACAAGGUAGAUGACACAAAGACAGCUAUAAAGGUCCUUGUGGAUCUUUUCAUUUGUGCAUCAGAGAUUGAUGAUGAUAACUACCUAAAAAUGCUGUCUUCAGUUUGCUCCUACUCGUCAUUUCCCUUUGCUGAUGACACAGGAGAGAACCAGAGUACCUUCUUGUUGCAGUUAUACUCCUAUGUGAAAGAGUAUGAGUCUCAGACAGGAAGAAGUGUCCUGCCUGCAUUACUGCCCAUUUACCAGUCUGCUCCUACUGUUUGGAUCAUAGACCUUUCAAAAAGUAUGACACCUUUGCUUUAUCAAACCAUGCAAUUCCAAGGGACGAAGAGACCAGUGGAAUUAAAAGGCUGGACAACUGAUGAGACUGAACCAAGAAACAUUCUUAAUUGUGUAGGUGACUUUCUGCAAUGCCUACCAUUGCUGUCCCAACUCAGAUUAGAGCUUCUGUUAUGUGAUGGAAACAAAUCUGACAGAAAAACAGCCAUUGAUGUCAUGUUGGGCCUUUUUAUUUGUGCUUCAGAGAAAGGAGACGAUACACUAAAACUACUGUAUUCACUGUGCUCCUACUCAUCUUUUCCCUUUGCUGAUGACACAGGAGAGGUUCAGAGUAUCUUCUUGUUGGAAUUAUACUCCUUUGUGAAAGAGUAUGAGACUCAAACAGGAAGAAGUGUCCUGCCUGCAUUGCUGCCAAUUUACCAGUCUGCUCCUAGUGUCUGGGUAUUAGACCUUUCCAAAGGAGUGACUUCUUUUUUGUAUCAAACUAUGCAGCUCCAAGCAACAAAGAAACCAGUGGAGCUGAGAGGCUGGACAAAUAAUGAGAAGGAUCUGAAGUGCUUUCUACAGUGCCUGUGCUUUGUGUCACAACUCAGAUUCAGUGAUUUGGGCCUCAUCCUAAAUGAUGACAUAGGUGGAGCAGUAAAACUUCUAGUGCAUCUUUUCAUUUCUGCAUCAGAAAGUGGAGGAGAGAUCUUGAACAUUCUGUCUUCGGUUUGCUCCUACUCGACUUUUCCCUUUGCUGAUGACACAGGGGAGGUUCAGAGUACCUUCUUGUUGGAGUUAUACUCCUACGUUAGAGACUUUGAGUCUCAGACAGAAAGAAGUGUUCUUCCUGCAUUAAAGCCCAUUUAUCAGUCGGCUCCUGCUACGUGGGUCAUACACCUUUCAAAAGGUGUGACACCUUUGCUGCGUGAAACAAUGCAAUUCCAGGCAACGAAGAGACCAGUGGAGCUAAGGGGCUGGACAACUGAUGAGAGUGAACUGAGGACCAUUCUUCACUGUGUGCCUUACAUGUUGGAGCUCAAAUGCAGUGGGCGUUUUUUUCAGUCUGUGUGUGAGGUCCUCUCCACAGGCCAGAACUGGAACCCUGUGGAGGUCGCCAGUCUCCUGAGACCUCUAAACUUCACUGUGACAUUAAUGGAAAUGCUACCCAGGCGCAUUUGCAGUGCUGUAGGAAGAGUACUCAGCCAGGCUGAUCCCAAAGAACGCCUCUCCCUUACUCUAAUUCCACAAAGCAUCUCAUGUCAAGGAAUGAAUGCUCUAUUCUCGGCGAUUAGCAGGCUUCAAAAGCUAAGAAUGAAUGAAUAUGCAGCACUGAAAAUUUCAAAGAUGGCAAAAGUGAUGAGGCAAAGAUCAGUAACCAUUGAGGAGGUCUCUUUGGCGUCAACCAGUCCAAAUCCCACUGAAAGAACAAUGUAUAAGCUGAUCAGCAAUUUGGCCUCAAUUAUGAGAGUUUGGACAGUGAAAAGCUUGGAUCUUACUAAAUUUCCUGUAGAGGGUCAUUUCCUCAUUUCGCUGUUGUGCUUGAAUGGAUCUUUCCCUGUCAGAUUGUCUGAUAGAAAUGUACAACAAAUAGCUGAGAUUGUUUAUGAAACCCAGGAUGACCUUGUAACUCGGUUCUUUUUGGAAAAGAUUGGUGGAGACCUGAGCUCUUCGAGCUUGCCCUGGAACAUAUUACACUAUCUGCUCCAAAAGGCCAGUUUGCCUUUGACGGUUGACCCUAAGAAGAACAGAUUUGGCACUCUGAACAUUCAGCAUGUUCUUCCGCUUCUGCAAAGUAUUCAUUUCAAUGGAACUGACUCCCAGUUUGUGAGGAAUGCUCUAAACGAGAUCUAUGCAAGCCGUGCUGGACACUUGGUGACAAAUUUAGUAAGGAGUUCAGAUAACUGGAUCAACCUCAGUGAGCAAGAGCUGGAAAGUUAUGACUGUGCUGCUCUGCGCUUUGCACUCCACUACAGUGAUGAUGUGAAGCUCAACCUCAUAGGAACAGUCAUUCCAAAGGAAGAAGCUGAAAUCCUCCUCCAACUUCUGCACAGAGUGUCUGAGCUCAGAGUUGACAGACAUCUGCUGCUGACUCUUCUCCAUGCCUGUUCUGUUUCACGGGAGCAGAAGAAGGUUACCACAAGUCUCUUGAAGGUUCUGCAACACAAACUGGAUUUCUCUCAGUCUUCGACGGUCAGUCUAUUUGGGCAGGAAAGCAAGAAAACGCUGAGCCUCAGUGAUAUGGACUGUCGUUCCAUCUCAUCUGCCAUUCAGUUAUCAGCAUGUGAUACAGAGUUGAUUAUGUUUGAUUGUGAGGCCAGUGACGGUGCGUUGCUUGAACUGUUUCCAGCUUUACAUCACAUACAUCUCAGCCUUGGCAAACCCCAACUCCUUCGGCUCAUGUUGCUGACUCAGUAUGUUGCGGAAGCAAGAGCUCUCGCCAGAUCCCUCGGAAAAGAAAUAGAUCUCAGUCACACCACUCUGAACUCUUGUGCCUGCGAGGUAUUGGGGUUGGUCCUGGAGCACUCUGAACACCUUAAUCAUCUCAACCUCAGUCACUGCAAACUCACUGAUUCGUGUUUGAACUUGUUGCUUCCACAUCUUCACAAAGUUCAGGAACUGGAUCUAAGCAACAAUGACAUCACUGACACAGGGGCACAGAAUCUACAGAACGUCUUAGUCAGGACGCAGACUGUGCACAUUUUUAACAACCACAUCACAGAUAUGCGAUUUUUUAUGAACAAUCAGUACAAUCCAGUUGUCAAAGUUGACUUUGAGCCUGUAUUUAUGAUGAAACCAUCAACUGGGAUCUUGACUAAGAAAAUAACUACUGUAACCCUGUUUGACCCUGAGAUAUCUGUUCAUGAUGACGUAGUCAUCUACAGAUUUGAAUGUGAAAUGGGGGGAGAGUUCCAGUGCAGAGCAACAGAACUUGUAUUUGGCAUGAAGGGUAGAGGAUGUGUAGAGUACAGAGUGGUUCACUGGGACAUGGGCUGCUUUGCAAAAAACAGCUAUGAACCUGCUGGACCCCUGUAUGAUAUAAAAACUACUGUAGGGGAAAUCUACCUACUCCAUCUCCCACACUGUGAAGCAGAGGCUGAUGCAUUAGGAGACAUUUCUGUGGUUCAUAUGCAUGAUGAUGUUACGGAGAUCCUGACGCCAGUGCAGAUGACCUCCACUCAUGUGGCUGUUCGCAUCAAUGGUCUCUCUACUUUUGGGAUAGUUCGCAAAAAAGGAUGUAUGACCCGUUAUGUCCGGGGCCAAGUUCUGCUUUUCCUUGACCAGAUCAAUAGAGUUGAGCAGAGACUCUGGGUGUUCCUUCUGGCCAGAAAUGUCUCGGCCACUGAGGUAAAGAAGCAGCAUCAGGAGUUCACACCCAUCAAAACCAGUUCAGACUGUAUUUUAAGACAAAAGGGGAAAUAUUGCUUGAGUUCCAGUCUCAAGAAAUACAAGGUUCAGCCCAAGACCUACGUUUUCCAUAAUGCAAGUGAUCCAGACCAUCACUCUGCAUUUGAGCUCUUCUUUGGCAGUGAAGUGUCUGAACUCCGAGUGAGGAUUCAUGAAAAACUGAGCCCUAAAAGAGAAAUAACCAAGUGGAAUCGACGAGUGAUUCUCAAAUGUAACGAUAAUCGUGCAUAUAAAAUCAAAACUGAGGAUGGAACCAUUACAAAAGGAAAUUCAUUGCUAACAGAGAAAAAAUGGAGGUCAUCUUUAUCUGAUUUGCUUGAUGAGCUACACGAAGAAGAGCUGAAGAAAAUGAAGUCUUAUAUGAGGCAUUACACAGAUUUUGCACCCAUACCUAAAGGUAAACUGGAGAAAAAGGAGAGACAUGAACUUGUGGAUCUGAUGGUAGAAACUUGGGGCUUCCAGCCAUCCGUCCAGGCUGUUGCGUGCAUUAUGAGGAGGCUACCGCGCAAUGACAAUGCCGUGACCUCAAUACUGAAGCCUUACCAGAUACAGUUUGGUUUGAUCACAUAGCUAGAAAACACAUAGACUUUUGAUAAGCAACUCAGAAAUGACAACUGUCAAGGAUGGGUUUGUAUUUACUGUAAAUUUGUAUUUACUGUAAAAUACUGUAAAAAAGGAUGGAGUACUGUACCAUAAGGUGUGUGUAAAUGAAUAGCACAGACCAGAUCAAUGUCAUUUUUUUCAGGUGCCUAAAACAUUUGUGCAGUACUGUGUUUGUUUUUCUUUUUUGAUGGUUGUAAGAAAUGAAUAACUUAUAUUUAGUAGCAGUUUUGGUGGUCUCUGACUCUGAAGUAAAGAGUGGUCUCUGGCUUUUGCACAGUACUGUACAAUUACUAAUAAAUACCUUAACUAUAAACACAACAAUAUAAACUACAGAAUAAAUGGGGAAAUGACACACACAUACAUACACCUAAACACUACCUGAUCUGUGCCCCCUGCCUGAUUAGCAUCAUCUGUAUUCAUUGGUGGAAAAUAACAACUUACAUUACAUAACUCUGUACUUUUCCCCAUAACAGUACUUUCUGAAGAACAUUUAAACCACAGUACUUUAGUUAAUUUUUAAAUAAGCAACUUUUUAUUUCACUAUUUUUUAAUAAAGUUACAAUGUAGAAAUAAACUAUGAGAGUGACAGCUAAUGAACCAAAUAGAAGAAAGUCUGGUUAAAUUUAAAAGAGUCAAUUCUGAAAACCAAUCAAAACAGAAAAUCUCCUAAAAACACUGCAGCCCUGAUGAGUUCAGAGACAUCAAGUUCAACGGAGAAGGAAAGAGGAGAAUGUUACUAAGAGGAAGCAGCUGUUAGUUGAUUGCCGAACUAAUUCUAGCUAAACCUCUACUGUGUACUAUUUUCUUCUGACGUUGUUGUAGAAUAAAAUGGCAGCUAUUUAUUUAAAUUAAAAGCUGUUGUGUCUUUUCUUGCAAGUGUCUGUUAGCUGGCUUCUUUAGUUAACAUUGGUGUAAUCUGUAAGGUUUACAUGUAUA